CGCAGUAGCAUUGUCUCUGCUCGGAAAAGUAACGCUGUCUCCAGCGUGGCAUUUAAUGUGAGGAAAAGAAGAGGACACUGGUUAAUUUCGCGGACGGAGGCUUAAUUAUUUGAAGAAAUACACGCCGUGGGUACUUGUAUGCUAAUAGUUUGAGGCUUCACAGACUCAAGCUGUUCCAAAAGCGCGGAUUUUGAGUUAAUUUCUCGACGGGCCCGGACACAGCUGAAUAUCGAAAGAGAGGCUCAACUCAGGUUCUUCAGUCCUGACAUGGACACAGGAAUUGUACCCGAAAAGAAAAGUUCACCCAGGCUCGUAAAUGUCACCAGUGAUCGGUGUUGCACAGGACCUUGGCUGAACACCAAGAGACAGAAAUCCAUUCCCACCCUCCCAUCCAAUCACUCCACGGGGGUGGACGCCAUUUCUUUUGAGUGAGCUCAGAGCGGAGGAAGGAGAAGUCGAGGGAUGCAGCGCGAUGCCGUCGUGGGAAAGAGCCAGAGGUUUUCUACGAGCUGGCCCAGCAGCUGCCUCUGCCCCACAGCAUCAGCUCCAGCCUGGAUAAGGCUUCCAUCAUGAGACUCACCAUCAGCUACCUGCGCAUCAGGAAGCUGCUCAACCCAGAUGACAUGAUGGCCAAGGAGGAGACGGAGCUAGAUAUCCAGCUCAACAGCUCCUACCUGAAGGCUCUGGACGGCUUCCUGAUGGUGUUGUCUGAAGAUGGAGAUAUCAUUUAUCUCACCGAGAAUGUCAACAAAUGCCUGGGGUUGGCACAGUUUGACCUGACGGGACACAGCGUCUUUGACUUCACACAUCCCUGUGACCAAGAGGAGCUGCGAGAGAUGCUCAUCCACAGAUCGGGCUCCAAAAAGAACAAGGAACAAAACACCGAGCGCAGCCUUUUUCUUCGUAUGAAAUGCACUCUGACAAGCAGGGGCCGCACGGUUAAUGUCAAGUCUGCUACAUGGAAGGUUCUUCACUGCUCAGGUCACGUUCGUGUUUAUGACAACAACACUGAGCAGACAAAUGGCCACAAGGAUCCUCCUGUCCCAUACCUGAUCCUGAUCUGUGACCCCAUUCCCCAUCCCUCCAACAUCGAGGCCCCUCUGGACACCAAGACCUUUCUCAGCCGCCACACGAUGGACAUGAAGUUCACAUAUUGUGACGAGAGGAUCACUGAGCUGAUGGGUUAUGAUCCAGAGGACCUGUUGAACCGCUUUGUCUACGAGUACUAUCAUGCUCUGGACUCUGACCAUCUCAACAAGACUCACCACAGUUUGUUUGCAAAGGGCCAAGUGAGCACAGGACAGUACAGGAUGUUGGCCAAGAGAGGAGGCUUUGUGUGGGUGGAAACUCAAGCCACAGUCAUCUACAACAACAAGAACUCACAGCCACAGUGUGUUGUCUGCGUCAACUUUGUUCUCAGCGGCAUUCAGGAGGAAAAACUGAUCCUGUCUCUGGAGCAGACGGAGGAUGUGAAGCCAGUGAAGGAGGAGCAGGAGGAAGAAAAGGCAGAGGUGUUGAGCGGUCUGUCUGACAUGCCUCUUACCCUGCUGAAGGAAGAGGAAGAUACUAAAGUCCCAGAGUUGGACGUGACCAAAGUGUUUACCCAGUCGGUGGACACCUCAUCAAGUCUGUACGACCAGCUGAAGGGUGAGCCCGAGGCUCUCACUCUCCUGGCUCCUGCAGCUGGAGACACGAUCAUCUCCCUGGACUUCAGCUGCAGCCCUGAUUCAGAGAUUCAGUUGCUGAAUGACGCCCCCCUCUACAACGACGUGAUGCUUCCACCCAGUGAGCCUCUCAACAUCACUGUCACCACCGGCUCUGACAAUUCCAAAUCUGAGAGCUACGCUCCACCUCCACCUGCUGCAACAACCAGCAACUGCUCCUCAGAGACUGACAGUCAGUUGGACUUCUGCUUCCCCAUGGACUCGGACUUCAAACUAGACUAUGUGGAGAAGUUGUUUGCCAUCGACACAGAGCCCAAAACCAGCUUCAACUCAGAGAUAAUGGCGGACAUAGACCUGGAGAUGUUGGCUCCCUACAUCCCCAUGGACGAUGACUUUCAGCUGCGCUGUCUGACCCCAGAGGAGCCACUGACGGGUGUCCAGGUCAAAUCCCAACAGAGUUCGCCACUUCAUAUCAAACAGGACCUGACGGGCAGUUAUCCCAGCUCACCGGCCAGUCGCACAGCUUCACCGGCUUUACCAGAACCAGUGAACUCAUUAAAUCUUGCCAGGCUCAUUGGUAAAAGGUCGCCACAGUCGGACAAAGACGUCUCACUGAGAACACUGGUCGCUCAGAACACACAGCGCAAAAGAAAACUGUGUGACCUCAAAGAGAUCAUAGAACAGGGAACUUUGCUGGAAGGACAAGGGGAACAAGGGAAGAAGUUAAAAGCUACAGAGCUGGGAUCAACUACCACCAUCCUCCUGCUGCCUUCAGAUCUGGCGAGUCGUCUGCUGGGCAGCACCUCGGACGGCACCGGUUCUCUCUUCACGCUGCCGCAUCUUACCCGCUACGACUGCGAGGUCAACGCACCACUGCAGGGCCGUCAGUACCUGCUGCAGGGGGAGGAGCUGCUGCGCGCACUGGACCAUGUCAUCUGAGGCAUAGCUGAGCCUGCUCACUGUUGGACUAGACUGGACACUACAAUUUAUCCCCUCUCCUAGACUCCUACCCAUAUACCCUCCCACCCCCGCUGCCCUUUAUUUAAGUAUCCAUAUGAAUUUUGAGUAUAGUUUGGCUGCUGUUUGUGCACAUCAUGUGAUAUCUGCAGCAUUCCACCGUGACAAACGCCAUAGCAGCAUCCAGUUUUUUGGUGCAAGGGAUUCAGGCAUCGUCAGAUGUCCACUCGUUGUUGUUGUUCCUGCGCUCUCCACCAGGGGGAGUCUCUCAGCACACAGCGCCUCCAGAUGACUCUUCUCCAGCAGGUCACCACAGACCCUGGCGCUACUGCCAGCAGUGUAUUGUAAGCUUCAGUCGCACAAUUUAUAUUUUCUUAAAAAGAAAAAUAUUACCAGCAAUAUAUAUUGAGUCUUUUUAAAAGUAGUUUUAAUGGGAUUUGAACAGUUUUAUUUUUUUUCCCCUUCCCAUACUUGUAUGUUGUAGUACUUGUACGUAACAAGACGUCUUUAGUCGACAAAAGUAUGAAAACAUUGUUGUAAUGUUAGCCUCCUUUAUUAGCCACCAGUCGUUGGGGUGAAAACAUAAUUGUGUAGCAGUCCAGUACAUGUCACUUUAUUACUUUACUGUAAGUGUGUGUCACUGUACAUACCAGGGAGAUUUUACUCUAUCCAGUAUGGCUUCACUGCUUUCAAGUCAAUUAUCUUUAGUUUUGCUUCUCCUCAUGGAGGAGAGGGAGAAAAUGCUCUCUCUACAUGAAGGCAGAUCGUGUUUUUAACUGUGUCAAACACAGGAAUGUGUUUAAAUAAGUGGAAUCGCAGCAGUUCAGAGAUUUAAAAUUGUGUGAUUGUCUUCAUCAAAGUAACAUUGGUGAGUUGUUUGUUUUCUCAUUUAAUGGUAGUCGCUAACAACAUCGCUUCAUGACAUAAUGUUGUCCCAUGCUUAUUGUUGUUAUCUAACAUUAAACGGCUUUAUUAAAGCA